AUGGCGAUCGAAAAUAUCAAUGUGCUCUUAUCGUCCUUCCCUGGACUGUCACUGCCGCCUACACUCUCCUUCGCAAUCCCCUCCACGUCGACCGUCGCUGAUGUGACCGCGAAAAUCGAAUCCUACCUGCCAGAGACAUUAAAACGCGCAGCGCCUGGCCUGGUUCUCACAACAACCGGCAACAAACAAUUACUUCCACAAUCAAAUACCCUCAUCUCAUCCUAUCUUCCCACACAGCAUGUAUCCAAUCUUGUAACCACAUUUCUCCCCCUCCGCCUCUCCGUUCCUCUACGCGGUGGCAAGGGUGGUUUCGGAUCCCAGCUUCGUGCCGCAGGUGGCCGAAUGUCAAGCAAGCGCAAGGGAAACCAAGGCGAGAAUAAUGGAUCGAACCGGAAUCUCGACGGACGACGCCUACGCACCGUCAACGAGGCCAAGGCGCUCGCAGAGUAUCUCGCUGUGAAGCCUGAAAUGGAUAAGAAGGAGAAAGAGGAGCGUCGCCAGAGAUGGGAAGCUAUCGUUGAGAUGGCUGCAAAACGUACCGAUGAGAUUAAGAAUGGCGGCGGGAAGAGCCGGCUCGAUGGCCAGUGGGUUGAGGAUAAAGAGGAAAUGAGCGAGAAGGCUCGCGAGGCAGUUCUCGCGGCAAUGAAGGACGGCGCAUGGAAGGAUAACCUACGUGAUGUGCUGAUGGGUGGAUCUAGUACGAGUGCUAGCGAGGGCAACUCGAGUGGAGAGGACAGUGAAAAUGAAAGCGCUGAAGAAGAAUCUCCAGUCUCGGAUGCUCAGCCUAAGCCUGCUGCUGUAUCUCGACGGUAUAUCGGUUUUGAUAACGAUGAUGAAUUCAUGAGUAGACACCGAUACUUACACACAGAAUCCGCAUUAUCAUCACAAACUCAACCAGAGUCGACAGCGCCUGAACAUACCACAAAUCCCGAAUCUUCUUCUCCGCCAUUACCACCAGCUUCUGUCUCCCUACGAACGGACGUCUUGCCGUUAUGUUGUCCGGGAUGCGGCGCAUAUUCACAGAGCAUCAAACCAACGGAACCGGGAUACUACAGUCUGAACUCAAAACGAACGAAAAAAUUAUGGCAUAAGGCGCAAGAUGCGAUUUCCAAGCGCGAGCAAAACUCUGAUGGUGAGGCGGGUGUUGAACAAGAACAGGAAUCCGCCGAGGUUGCAACACAAAUCGAUGAGAAUACUGUCGAACUUGACCCUGCUGCCGCCAUAGAUGCCAUUCAAUCAUCCACAACACCAGCUCAGAUCUGCGACCGCUGCCACGAUCUUCUACACCACAAUAAAGGCAUCUCCGCUCCCUCACCAACUAUUGACUCCAUUGCUGCGUACCUCGAGGAGUCACCGCACAAAUCAAAUCGGGUAUAUCACAUUGUCGAUGCAGCAGAUUUUCCCAUGUCUUUGGUAUCAAAUAUCUACGAAGCGCUGGAGUUACAAAGCCCCAAAUCGAGAAACAGACGAGCGAACACUGAAAAGUAUAGAUUUGGGAAGAAAAUGGCAACGAUAAGUUUUGUCAUUACUCGUGCAGAUUUACUAGCGGCGACGAAGGAACAGGUGGAUUCUUUGAUGCAGCGUGUACGGUCAAUUAUUUUGAAAACUAUGAGUUUACGACAAGAAGACGUACGACUGGGCAAUGUGCAUAUGAUCAGCGCUCAUCGCGGCUGGUGGACAAGCCAAGUAAAAGAAGAAAUCCGGCAACACGGUGGAGGGAUUUGGGUUGUAGGAAAAGCAAAUGUCGGUAAAAGCAGUUUCAUUGAAUCCUGCUUUCCAAAAGACUCCAGGAACCUGGCGAAGAUUACCGAGUUAUUCGAACGUCGAAAAGAGGAAGAGUUGAAAGGACCUUCUGACCAUCCCGCCCUGGACUCGAAAAGUCUUCUUCCGCCAGCACCCCGUGAAGAGCUAUUCCCUACGCUCCCUGUUGUUUCCAGUCUUCCAGGGACAACGGUGUCCCCUAUUAGGAUCCCAUUUGGUCGUGGACGCGGCGAGAUGAUUGAUCUUCCAGGUCUGGAUCGUGGCACUUUACAAGAUUUCAUCUUGGACGAACACAAGUCGGAUAUGAUCAUGACGAAGCGAAUCAACCCAGCCGAGCAGAUGACUAUCAGCGAGACCCAGUCACUCCUGAUCGGAGGUGGAUUGGUCCGAAUAACUCCCGUAGUGCCAGAAGGCUGCAUACUGCUCGCAGCAUGUUUCGUGCCACUAGAAACGCACACAACACGCACCGACAAAGCAAUCGAAGUCCAAAGAGGGAUGAAGAAAUACAACACCGGCGGCGGCGACCGAGGCACGAGCGUGAUCAAGCCCGAGUUUCUGAACGACGAGUGUAUCAAAUCCGCCGGCACCUUCAAACUCGCCACAGACGUGACCCUAAACCAUCUCCCGAGUUUGAUAAAGAAGAAAUGGAAGGACCAAGGCAUAAAACCCAAUCUCGACACCUUGCCAUACAGAGUCUUCUCCACAGAUAUUGUGAUCGAGGGAUGCGGCUGGAUUGAGCUAACGGCUCAAGUACGUGCGAAACAGGGGUUAGACUCUACAACAGCAACGGAGGUUCCCAAAGUGGAAAUAUUUACGCCGCUCGGAAAACAUGUCUCUGCGAGACCGUCGCUAGAAACAUGGAACUUUAUACGCGACAAACGCAAGGCUGAUAAACGCAAAGGGAUGUUUACUUCUGGAUCGCAUAGGCCGCAGAGACAGAAUAUAAGUCAUAAGAAGCGGGUGAUGCAUGGUCGGAAGGGGGCUUGA